UUGACUUUAUCAGUCCAAGGACAUCAUUCGUCUGGAAAGGGGGGGAAGUUUGAUCCUCUUUCUCACGGAUCCCAGUAACGGGAGUUUCUCUCCCCCGUUCACCGAGCUCGGAACUAUUAUCUACAUUUUAAACUUUUUGAUGCUUACUCAGAUUAUUAUAGGUUUCAUCCGGUUAAGAUAAUUUUGUUUGCCGCUCGUGUUGUUUAACUUUACUCCGCUAACCUGGGGUUUGAAAUCCACUCUCUCCUUCGUUUGUUUUUGUCGAUUGAGCCCAAUGACUAUGCUCCUUGAUAGCGGUCCGCAAUUCCCGUCACUAGGAGUGGGAGGGUUCGGAACGCCAAGGCAUCAUGAGUUAGGCAACCGAGACCCCGGGCUGGGGCUCAAUCCCUUCGCAGAUUCAUCUCAUUCGCCAGCUUUUAAGAUAAGUCCCGUUACUCACGAUAUCGCCUCCAGCCAGACAUCAGCGUUCACGCCGCAAGCCACUGGAUAUGCAGCUGCACUAGGACACCACCACGGAGGGCAGGUUAGCUCCUACGGCGGCGGAGCGUUCAAUUCCACCAGGGACUUUCUCUUCAGAAACAGGGGUGCUGGCAUCGGAGACUCCGCAGCAACGAGUGCCCAGCAUGGGAUCUUUGCGGCUUCUGCCGGGAGUCUACACGGACCACCUGGAAUCUCGGACAACCCGGGGCAUCUGUUGUUUCCUGGGCUUCACGAGCAAAGCGUGAGCCACACAUCGCCGGGAGGACAUGUAGUAAACAGUCAAAUGCACCUAGGUUUACGCGGGGACAUUUUUGGACGACCAGACCCCUACCGUCCUGUGCCGAGCCCGCGUACGGAUCCUUACGGUACCGCGCAGCUCCACAACUACAACCACCCCAUCAACAUGAACAUGGGGAUGAAUGUGCCGACACACCAUGGUCCAGGGGCCUUCUUUCGAUACAUGCGCCAGCCUAUAAAGCAAGAACUGUCCUGUAAGUGGAUAGACGACAACCAGAUGAACAGACCCAAAAAGACUUGCGACAGAACUUUCAGUACGAUGCACGAGAUGGUGACACACGUGUCCAUGGAACACGUCGGCGGGCCUGAACAGAGUAAUCACGUUUGCUACUGGGAGGACUGCCCGAGAGAAGGGAAGUCCUUUAAGGCCAAAUACAAACUCGUGAACCACAUCCGAGUGCACACGGGAGAGAAACCAUUCCCUUGUCCGUUCCCUGGCUGUGGGAAAAUAUUCGCAAGAUCGGAAAAUUUGAAAAUUCACAAGAGAACUCAUACAGGCGAGAAGCCGUUUAAGUGCGAGUUCGAUGGCUGCGACAGGCGCUUUGCAAACAGCAGCGACAGAAAAAAGCACAUGCACGUGCAUACCUCUGACAAGCCAUACAUCUGCAAAGUGUGCGACAAGUCCUACACGCACCCAAGCUCCCUCAGGAAACACAUGAAGGUACACGAGUCACAAGGUUCUGAGUCGUCUCCAGCCGCGAGUUCGGGAUACGAGUCAUCCACGCCACCGGUUUUGGUCUCAACUAACACAGAGGACUCAACAAAAACACCACCGUCCGCAGUACAAAGUACAUCAGCACACAGCGAAGGACUACCACCCAACUUCAAUGAAUGGUACGUUUGAAGCUACAAGCAGACUCUCUUUGUGGACCAAAAGGUUAAAGAAACCUUUAAAAAAACUAUUUACACCUUGGUGAACAAAAUGACAAAGGAACAACAUGAGGAGAUGAGAGCUGGCCAGCGGGCCUCGUCCAUUCUCAGGAUUCGAAAUUUGACUUUUAUUCCGAGUUCGAAGAAACAAUAAAAAAUAAGCAUAAAUAAUAAGACCUACACUUUCUAAGAACACAUGGAAUGCUUUUCCGUUUUAGUUUUCCAAUUUUCAGAUGAUUAUUUUAUUUUUUAUUUUAUGUAUUUUCUCAAAAGUUUAUUUAAAAAUAAAGGAAAAGGAAAUAAUAUUUCACGGUGUUUUUAUAUCGGUGACGAUCAUGCCACCUUUUGAUUGAUUGUUAAAACUUCAAACAGUCUUAAGAAACGUGCCAAAGUCUUUGUCUUGAACUUGAACAACAACAAAAAUAAUAAAUCAUAAAUAAGUAUAUAGCCUCGUGAAUGUAUUUCCUUGUUUGAUGGAGUCGAAUCUGUUGUCCACGUCCGUUUUGAGAUGGAGAAAUGUGGUAGUAGGUUACGAUUGUUACCUUUGAAUAUAACGUUGCCUUUUGUUAAUAACAAUGUAAAUACAUAUCCAUGAUGCCAUAUUUAUCGAUUUGUAAUUUAAUUAUCGGCGGAAGUGCCGUAUCUUAAAUGAUAUUUAUGGAAAUGUUUUCUAACAAGAUUGUACAGUUUUGACUCAUAACCAGCUUAACAUUGAACGAAAGUCAACACUAAAAGCUUCCUUAGCGCGAUUGUAUCUUUUUUUAAACCAAUAAAUGUGUCUUAUCUGGAUUUAAAAAAGAAAAUCAACUAUGAAUAUAAUGGAUUGACAUUUUCUAAAGGUUAUAAUAUUGUAUAGGCUAUUCAAGUUCUUUAAGCUCUCAAGAGCACUCAUAAACGCAGCAACACUCCGUGAGACGAAAUGUCUUAACUGACUCUUAAAUUAACUAUAUAAAGCGUAACUGUCGACAUAUUCCUGACUUUGAUCAAAAUUAACUACUUUUGUGUAUUCUUCUUUAUUCUUAGCAGAGGGUCGACUACAUUUCUAUAAGCAAGUAUUAGGUACAAAUUCGAGAGGACCAUUAGCCAGUGUCCACUAACUACUCGCAUUUCCAUCAGAUUCUCAGACGUGGCAGAGUCAUAGCGCUUUCAUCCAUGAACUUUUAACUUGUGACAGUGUUGAAGACACUACAUUCUCGGGGUCAAAAGGCCAACCAUUUGAGUCAGUAUGGUAUUCCAUUUUGAUGGUUACAGUACUGUCUUUGUGGAUGCAAGUAUGUGUUUUAAUGUUUCCAAGAACAAUGAACUGUCACAACACCGUAAUCUCAAAUAAAACUUUUUGUCUGUCA